AUGGUCGAAGUGAGACGGUACAAAAAGAAGGCUGCUGACGUGAAAAAGAAGCGACGUAUUUUCAGCACUGAUUUUGGAAGAAAGAAGAGUCAAAAACAAGUACUACAACAAGCUAUGGAUAACGAAAAUGGUCAAGUCGGUCAUAUCGAUGUUGAGAACAAGGAGGAUGAGACCGCACUUCAUGCUCGAACGGAAAAGGAUGACCUGGUGAAAAAGGAACAGAGCUCGGCAGAAGAGCUCCGUCAGGGAACAACGCAGUUGAAAACGUCUGUGCAAAAUAAACGGCGAAUUGAAAAGAAGAGCUCGAAGAACAGACCUAGCUCUUUUUCUAAAAGGACGCGUACUGUCGAUGAAGUAAAUGUUAGUGACAGUCGGCUUCGAGCAUAUGGCAUAAACCCAAAGAAAUUCAAGAAUAAGGUCAAGUUUGACAAGAAGAAAAUGAAAUUGGAUAAGUAA